CGACACACGUCAUGAAGUGACAGAUUUGACUGACAUUCGGUAAAUUCAGGGAUUUACUUGGGUACUUACUCCUUCUCUCCCACUCUUCUUCUCUAAUCACACCAAACACCGUGAGACACCCACUCUUCUUCUCGCCUCACGACUCUGUUCUUACUCAGUCACGUUUCCCGCCGCUGGUUUCUCUUCUCUCGCCUCUUGUUGUCAGAAAAGGGAAAGAUUCAAAGAACCAACUUCUUGGCUUUGUCAGGAGGAACCCCAAUUUCAGUAUAUAUAACUACGACAAGAAAAAUUCGAUAAAGACACUGCUAUCACACUUUGCCUUUUUCACGACUUUGUUGUUCUUUAAUUGGUUAGCCGACCCCUCAAGAAAAGAACACAAGUUCUUCCCUCUUCUCUUCUUCGUUCCUCCAUCUAUACACAACAACAAACCACCAAUUCUCAAAAUUAUAUUCUUCCACCAUUCCCCAACUUGAAGCACUUGAUUACAAAGUCAGGAAGUUAGAAACAAAGAGGAGCUUUUGAAUUAGGGUUCAAUUGAAGAGGAGAAAUUAGGAAAUAAAGCUUAGAGCAAAGAAUUAGAGAAAGAGUUCGCAUCAAAGGAAGAGUUAAGGAGCUAGCAUCACCAUCUCAUUUAUCAAUUAAGAUGUUUAUUUUUAUAAUAUAAUACGCACUUUGUGUUCUGGAAGCUGAGUUGGUGAGCGUCUCCCUUGUUCUUCAGAGUUUCAUCACCGAGUGGAGAAUAAGAGAAUGAACAAAGGUGGACCAGGCGGAGGUGGGCCCACUGCGGCAGCGGCGGCAGCGGCUGCUCAGAAACAGAAGACGUUGUUGCAGAGAGUGGAAGGUGAUAUCGCCAACAUUGUGGACAAUUUCAGCCACCUCGUCAAUGUUGCCAGGGUAAAUGAUCCACCUGUUAGAAAUUCACAGGAAGCUUUUAUGAUGGAGAUGCGUGCUGCUAGGAUGGUCCAAGCAGCUGAUUCGUUACUUAAAUUGGUAUCGGAGCUGAAGCAGACUGCAAUAUUUUCAGGAUUUGCUUCCCUUAAUGACCAUGUAGAACAAAGAAGGCUUGAGUUUAACCAACUGGCAGAAAAAACAGACCACACAUUAUCUACGAUUGGAGAGGAAGCUGCAGCUAGCCUGAAAGAACUUGAAUCCCAUUAUUCCUCUUCUGCGCAGAAGACUAUUCAAGAUGUACAACCCUAGUUGAGAUCAAAUCAAUGUUGCUGGCAUCUGUAACUUGAUGUAAGAUAUCUUUAGUAUAAAAGUAGGUUGUAUUUUUUUGUUUAAUGAUAGUGAAUCUCAACGCAGUGGUUAGAGACAGAGUUGUUUGUGUGACUUGGAGGUUGUAGGUUUGUGGAAUAGACUCACAAACUUGUCAACUUUUAAUUUAAAAAUAUUUAUAAUUUCCUUGUUUGGAUGACUGUAUAAUUUCUCACAAAUCUACAUUUCCAUCCAAUCUAGUGCUAGGUACUCCCUCCGGUCUCCAAUUAUACAUAUCGGAUUCAAUUUUUUAA